GGGUCAAGAUCUUGGGAAGGGGGAAGGGACCAGGGACUGGGAUUUGUUUUCUCCAAAAGAGGAUGAAGAGGAGUGGUUUCUGUGCCUAGAGCCUGGCGUGCAGCGAGAAACAGCGCCAUCAUCCCCGGAUGCCAGCCUCGCCUCAGGGUCCCAGGAGACCAAGGAAAAAGGACAGCACGGAGAUGCCACCUAAGACCAAAAAAGACAGGAUGAAAGCCGGAGCGCAGACGAAGAAAAGGAGUGCAGGCCCUGGUGUAGAGGCGGAAUCCGCUGGCAGGCUGGCAGCGCUGGAGAAGGAGCUGCUCCGAGACCUCCUCGCUCUGCGGAGGGGUGAGGCGCGCCGGGCCAUGGCUUCAGAAGACCGGCUGAGGCAGAGGCUGCAAGGGCUGGAGGCUGAGCUGGAGGAGGCCCGAAGGGACGGGAAGGCCGUCUAUGCAGAGAUGCGUCGCCAGUGCCAGGCGCUCCGGGCGGCAGUGGAGGCCCGCGGCAGGCAGCGGGAGGAAGAAGACAGAGGCCUUCGGGCGCAGCUCGAGAUGCGCCAGGCAGAGACUGCAGCUGCGCAGGGAGUGGCCAAGCAGGCCCUCAGGGAGCGGGACCAGACUCGGGCUCAGCUCCAGACCCACGUGUCAGAUGUGGAGGCCAAGUGUGAGGAAAUCUUACAGGGCAGCCUGGACCAGCUCCUGGCUAAGCUGAGAGCCCUGGAGCCUCGGUGGGGUGGCGUGGGGCUGAGACUCCACGCCAGGCACCGGGAGCAGCUCUGGCAGCUUGGACUCAACCCCCUGGACCUGUGUGGCUGUAGCAAACAGCCUCCGGGGCCUCUGGAGCCCAGCAAGAAAGCCGCCUUGGUGUAGAAGUCAACAAAACUAUGGUUGAAGCUUUUUGGCGAAGAUGAGUGCCUCUCAUGGGAACAUCGUGGUUCUGGGCUGACCCAGUAGCCCAAAGACUGAAUGAUGGGAGAGAAAUCUGACAAGGUCUGAGACCUAGAGCAGGG